AUGAAUGGUCAAAAACCCGGGUGUCCCGUUUUUUAUUGGAUCGCCCGUAAGGUCGGCGUAUUGGGCUGUCCCAAUCUCCCGCAUCGCCUGAACGAACCCGAGAGCGGCCGCGGCAACUUGAUGGUGGCCGUCGAUGGGCAGGGCGCUUUCCAGAGAGCUUUUGACUCGGACGCCGAAACCCAGAUCCAGGUGGCUCGGCUUGCGAGUCCGUCUGAUGCCAUCUUCUGCGAGUCGGUCGAGGCCGGUCACUCCUCGCACGGCGACAAUGCCAAGAUCGCCUCACUUCUGGGCAUCCACCGGCCCUCGGUUCGCAUGGACAGCCAGUGCAAGUACGGGGUCGUUGCUCGCGGCGAAGCUGGACUGUAUCUGCGGCUUCCUGUCGACGAUACUUAUGUCGAGAAGAUAUGGGAUCAUGCUGCUGGCUCCCUGGUAGUGACCGAGGCUGGCGGCUUUGUAUCGGAUGCGAAUGGCCGGCCGCUGGACUUUACGCAGGGCCGAUAUCUCACCGCAAACAGAGGCAUCGUCGCAACUUGUGCCUUUGACGGCCAGCAGAAAAGUCGUAUCCACUCAACGGUGCUCUCGGCUGUAGCCCAGGCGCUGGACACGUCUGCUCAAGUGCAGGGGGCCGAGUAG